UAGGCGUUCGUUUUCCCAGCCCGACGAUUCAAGAUCACAACUUCGCGGAUCAAGACGGCGUAAGACGGGAUCAAGACGACUGUGACUAGACUUUCGGCCGACUCCGGUCCUCUCUCGACCGAGCAGACCUUCGAAUUCCUGUCUUUGCAUCUUCAGCGCAACAUCACACCAACAAACUGUCGUCAUGGCUCACGGCUCGAGAGGUGCCGCUGGCCAAACGACCGCCACUCAGAACAACGGACAUGCGAGCAACGGUGUCUUGACAGGCAACACCGUGCCUGCACCCGCGAAGAUUAAUCAGAAGAAGGCGAAGCGGCGAGCAAAAGAGGCCGCCAAGAAGCAGGCGCAGGCUCAACGGGCCGCUGCUGACGCACAUCACUCCCAAGGGUCCCACGAGUAUGAUGAGGCGUACGAAGAGCAAGACGGCUACGACAAUGAACAGUACUACUCAGACGAAGAUCCGGCGAACCGCCAGCAAUACGAACCCGCUUACUCAGCUCAGUCGCAGACGGCCACGACGUCGGUGAAUGGCACCGGGAAGAAGAAUAAGAAGAAAAAGAAGCGGCAAGAUGCUUAUGCCUCUGCACAGAACAACGGCUACCGCGCUACUCCGCCUCCUCCGCCUUCCGGAACCAUCUCCACGCGAUCGCAUCAGAUGUCGACCAACGAUCACAUAUGGAACACAUCAACACAACAAGAGAGGGAGCGCAUCAAGGAAUUUUGGCUAUCUCUGAAGGAAGAAGAGCGACGGUCACUUGUCAAGGUCGAGAAGGAGGCGGUGCUCAAGAAGAUGAAGGAGCAGCAGAAGCAUUCGUGUAGCUGUACUGUGUGCGGGCGUAAGCGUACGGCCAUCGAGGAGGAGCUCGAGGUGCUGUAUGAUGCUUAUUAUGAAGAACUGGAACAGUACGCACUCAAGCAGGUUCCGUGGGCCACGUUGCUCGGGACUCCUGCUGCCACCCCUUCUUCAGAGCCAUUUGACCAACGUCAAAACAGGUCGCCGCCAGAUCGCAUACCCCCACUCAUACAUUCACCGCCGCCCCGAGAGCAGAUCGUGGAGGUCUCGGACGAGGAUUACGAGAAUUCUGAUGAGGAGUAUAGCGACGAUGACUAUGAGGAGUACAGCGACGACGGGUCGGAAGAGCUGCCUAGGGCGACUGCGGAUUUUUUCAAUUUCGGCAACAGUCUCACGGUCAAAGGUGGUAUAUUGACAGUUGCAGACGAUCUGCUGAAGAACGAUGGGAAGAAGUUUAUUGAGAUGAUGGAGCAGCUGGCCGAACGUCGAAUGGCGCGAGAAGAGGAGGCGCAAUAUGCUGCCAUUUCACAUCCAGGCUCAUACAACGACUUCCGACAUGGUCACGGUGUUCCAGAGGACGAGGGCGAUGAUGACUAUGACGAUGAUGAGGAGUAUGACAGUCAGGAGGAGUAUGACGAUUCAGAGGAAGACAUGGACACCAUGACCGAAGAGCAGCGGAUGCAGGAAGGACGACGCAUGUUUCAGAUCUUUGCUGCGCGAAUGUUUGAGCAACGCGUGCUCACGGCAUAUCGUGAGAAAGUUGCUGCGGAGCGACAGCAGAAGUUAUUAGAAGAGCUAGAAGCGGAAAAGAACGUCGACGCAGCGCGGGAAGCGAAGAAAGCCAAGGACGCCGAGAAGCGCAAGGCCAAGAAGCAGGCGCAGAAGCAGAAGCAGAUUGAGGAGAAAGCACGAAAGGAUGCCGAGAGAGCUGCGCAAGAGGCUGCACUCAAGGCAGAACAAGAGCGGAAACUAGAGGAACAGAAAAAGCGCCGUGAAGAGCAGCGACUAAAGAAAGAAGAGCAACGAAAAGCGCAAGAGGCGGAGCAAGCAAGGAAGCAGGCCGAGAAGAUCAAGCGCCAGAAGGAAGAGCAAGAACGGAGGCAGGAGGCCGAACGCAAAGCACGCGAGCAGAAGGAAGCAGAGCGAAAGAUUCGAGAAGAAAUGAAGAAGAAAGAGAGAGAGGAGCGUGAGGCUCGCGAGAAGGAGGCUAAGGAGCGCAAAGCGAAGUCUGAACAGGAACGCAAGGAGAAGGAGGCAAAGGAGAAGGCGGAACAAGAGCGGCAACGAAAGGAAACGCAAUCUACACAGCAAGCCCAAGGGGCGCCGGCUGCCAAGCGAGCUGCGGCACCAGCAGCUGUCCCCAUACCUCCAGGACUUUCGAAACAGCCGUCGAAUUUUGCGUCGCCACAUGUUCAGGCUGCUGUGCCGAAAGCACCUACUCCAGCACGACCUCGACAGAGCUCGCAGCAGGGUUCCAAAGGCUCAUCUCCAAAGACGCCUGCUGCUGCGACGGCGGGGCAAUCCAAAUCUGGCUCUCCAGGCGUUAUCGGUGGGCCAUCACAAGCACAAAAUGCCCCCGUAGCACCAAAGACUAUAUUAUCUAGACCUCCGAGCCAACCGCCUGUCAGCGCAGUGCAGCAGCCGAACAUACCGGGCCCUAUGGGCAUGGUUCCUCCCCCGGGUAUGCCAAUGCCACAGGGGGGGCCUUAUGGUAUACCACCAGGCUUGAACGGCUUCCCCCAUGGUCCCGCAUCGAUGAUGCCGGGCAAUAUGCAGCGGACGCCUAUGCCUCCAGGCAUAUUCUCACCACCACAGCAGCCUAUUGGCGCAGGAUUUCCACGACCCUUUGGUGUGCCAAAUGGCAUGCAGGUCCCACCGCCAGGAAUGGGUGCUCCGGGCAUUCCACCCUUUGCUCGAGGGAUGCCUGAAGGGCCACCAGGAUUCGGAGGACAACUACCCGGUGUACCAUAUCAGGCUGCAUUUGCUGACUCAAUGCCUGCACGAACUGUUCCUGGAGCCCAGCACUCUCGUCAGCAUUCAAGUUCUUCACCUACAGUCGAUCAGCCACCAAUUGGCUCCGCGAUCCGGCCUCCUGCGCCUAUUCAGCGACCAUCCAGUGUUAAGCCUGGAGGUAAGAAGGGUGAGCUAGAUGAUCUUGCGGACCACCUAGGUAGCAGCGCUCUUCUCGAUGACGACGAGUCACCAGAGCCUGACUUCUCCGAUCGUCAAGCCGCCAUGGCACCUGGUCUUCAACAUGGUGCCUCGGACCCUACUGGUUUCAGCGGACCUCCGGGCUUCAGCAAUCGUUCAAAUCCACCACGUCUGGAUUCGUACGCCAUGGGCGGCAACACCGCCUGGGGUACGCCGUCUAUUCCAUUUGGUACACCGGUGCUUCCGGGAACUGCCAAUUGGGUUGGCUCACCCACAGGUGGUUGGCCAACAGGCAAUGCAUUCGGCCUGGGUCUCGGGAAUGGGCUUGGUACUGCUGCUGCACCAGGAAGGCCAAGGCACCAGCAAAUCCGCAUCGCUAUUGUUGACGCUUACAAAGCGCAGGCUCACACUAGUGAGGACGGAUUCGUGGACGCCAAAACGAUCUACUCGCAGAUUAGAAACCUACUCCGACCACCAAUUGAGGAGCAGGACAUGCGCAUCCUACUGGACACGGAGGGCACUCCCCAGAAUGGAGGUGGAUCCUUCCAGUUGCGGAUCAAGGGGGAAAAUCACCUGGACCUGAUGCUCAAGUGGACUCAGGACGAUGGUUUGGGACGUGGAUCUGUCGGUCAGAUUGGCGGUGCCGGCGAAAUCGGCAGUCCUGUUGUAGGCGCAAGUCAUCCUGUUGGCAGCGCUAAUGCCACGCCCUUCGGCAGCCUGAGGGGAUUCCCAAGCCUAGCAGGAGGACUGACCGGGCUUGGUCAGAGCCUGUAAAAAGUUGAUGACAACAGUUAACGGGACCACGCAAUUUACGGGCAAGGGGAAAGGGCUCUCGCUCAGUUACUAUUCAUUGAUUGCAUGAACAGCUCUUGAGGUGUUUCGACAACAUUGUUUUUAUGGUUGAAAGGUGCAUUCUGCUGAUCUUCGUCAUCGGCCACAUUUUGAAAUGCUAUGCAUUAACCGCUUCCUCACUCCUGUCUCAAGGCUUUGGCCACUGGGCGAAAGCUUGACUUUUUUGUGUGAGAAGGCGGACGCACCGUUUCUUGGUAGGACGCUUUGAGUAGCAGGUAGUCGUAUCGAGAAACAUACAGUGAGCAGUCUUGCAGACUUUGUUCUUUUUGA